AUGAGCUUCUUUUUGGAUCUCAUCCCUUUAUGUAAGGUAGCUGAAAACCGACUACGAAAUGGCUUUGCCUGUAUCCGCCCACCAGGUCAUCACUCCGAGAGGGACCAAGCUAUGGGCUUUUGUUUUUUCAACAAUGUCGCUAUCACUGCGCGUUAUCUUCAGAACAAAUAUCCGCAGCAGUGCGCACGAAUUGCAAUUAUCGACUGGGACGUCCACCAUGGGAACGGAACGCAGCUCUGUUUUGAAGAAGAUCCUAAUGUUUUAUACUUGUCACUUCAUCGUCAUGACAACGGGAACUUCUUUCCUGGAACGGGAGCUGUUACCGAAAUCGGACGUGGAGCUGGCAAGGGCUUCUCAGUCAAUGUGCCCUUUUCUGGAGGCGUCAUGAGAGAUGCUGAUUAUCUAGCUGCUUGGAGGGUAAUUGUUCAGCCUAUUCUAGAGCAAUUCCAGCCAACUUUCAUAUUAGUAUCAGCGGGCUUUGAUGCAUGUUGCGGUCAUCCAAAUGCUCUUGGCGGGUACGAUACUGUUGUCUGA